CAUUUAAAUGCUGCUUGGGCAUACAAAGUACAGCAUUUAGUCUGCUGCAUCAAGUAACGAAACAAAGCAAAUAACCAAAGCAGUUUGACUUAAAUGGAUCUGACACCUGAGAGCCACUCGAUUCCUCUGAGUGAUGGAAAUAGCAUACCUUUGAUUGGACUUGGAACCUACGCAGACCCCCGCACGACCCCUAAAGGAACUGCGUAUGAAGCAGUGAAAGUGGCGAUUGAAGUGGGGUACAGACACAUCGAUGGGGCUUUGGUCUACUUCAACGAACACGAGGUGGGACAGGCCAUAAGGGAUAAAAUUGCCGACGGAACGGUCAAGAGAGAAGACAUCUUCUACUGCGGAAAGCUAUGGAACACAUUCCAUCCACUGGAAUUGGUCCAACCUGCUCUGGAGAGAACAUUAAAGACUUUACAACUUGAUUAUGUUGACCUCUAUGUUGUGGAAAUGCCAACAGCCUUCCAGCCAGGGGAUUCUUUCUACCCAAAAGACAAAAACGGGAAGUACAUUUAUCACAAGACAGAUCUCUGUGCCACAUGGGAGGCCAUGGAAACCUGCAAAGAUCUGGGGCUAGCCAAAUCUCUAGGAGUAUCCAACUUCAACAAGCGGCAACUGGAGCUGAUUCUGAACAAACCAGGGCUGAAAUACAAACCUGUGUCAAACCAGGUUGAAUGUCAUCCCUAUUACACUCAGCCAAAGUUGCUCGACUUCUGCCGGCAGAAUGACAUUGUGAUUGUUGGAUACAGCCCCAUAGGAACGUCUAGAGAUGCAUCCUGGGUCAACUUAAAAUGUCCCCCAUUGUUGGAAGAUGAGCAACUAAAAUCAAUUGCCAGCAAGUACAAGAAGACCACGGCCCAGGUGGCCCUGAGGUUCAACGUGCAGAGAGGAGUGGUGGUCAUUCCAAAGAGCUUUAACCCCAAUCGCAUCAAGGAAAACUUUCAGAUAUUUGACUUCUCUCUUUCUGAUGAUGACAUGAAGACAAUCGAGGGGCUGAACAAGAACAUUCGUUUUGUGGAACUUCUCAUGUGGAGCGAUCAUCCCGAGUAUCCAUUUCAUGAUGAAUACUAGAUACCACAGCUGUCAGUGACUUACUUUUCUAUUACUUUUCCACUUUUUUACUGUGAUAAAAUAAGCAUGGAGGUGUUUCAUUUCUGGUCGAAUACCAACAACAUGUUUUUGUGUCUUCUUUAAGUGAACGCAACGGGCCUGUAUAGGACUUACUUUUAAGUAAACUCAAUUAUUAAGUCAUAAUCAAACGACAAAUGCAUCUUUAAAUGAAAUAUUUUAAAUAUAAUUAAAUACAUUUUUUUAAUCAAGCA